GGUCGGGUGUCGGCGAGCACGGCGAGCGGGUUCCCAGUGGCUGCAGGCGGCCUGGGCUGCCGGGGCCGACGCCUGGGUGGCUGCUGCCGCCGCCGCCGCCGCGCCUGCUGCGAGAUGGCGAUCUUGGGUGCGGAAGGGUGAGGGCGCCCGCCGCUGGAGGAGGCGCCGCUGCUUUGGCCGCCCGACCGCCGGGAGCCGACAGCUUCGCGCCGGGUUUGUCUCCUCACUAGACUAUGAGCUCCUUGAAAGAAGGAAUCCUGUCUUACUCAUCUUUAUAUCCCCAGUGUCUAGCACAGCUCCUGGUACAUAUUUCUAGUGCCAAACUAAAAAGAAAAAAGAACUGGUUUGGAACAGCAAUAUAUACAGAAGUAGUUGUAGAUGGAGAAAUUAAGAAAACAGCAAAAUCCAGUAGUUCUUCUAAUCCAAAAUGGGAUGAACAACUAACCGUAAAUGUGACCCCACAGACUACAUUGGAAUUUCGAGUUUGGAGUCAUUAUACUUUAAAGGCAGAUGCUUUAUUAGGAAGAGCAACCAUAGAUCUGAAACAAGCUCUGUUAAUACACAAUAGAAAAUUGGAAAGAGUGAAAGAACAAUUAAAACUUUCUUUGGAAAAUAAGAACGGCAUAGUGCAAACUGGUGAAUUAACAGUUGUGCUGGAUGGAUUGGCGAUUGAGCAAGAAAAUCUAACAAACUGCAACUCAUCUCCAACCAUAGAAAUACAGCAAAAUGGUGAUGCCUUACAUGAAAAUGGAGACCCUUCAACAAGACCAACCUCCAGGUUGGUUGUUGAAGGUACCAGUGGAAUAGAUAAUCAUACACCUACAAGCACUCUAGUUCAAAACUCAUGCUGUUCAUAUGUAGUUAAUGGAGACAACACACCUUCAUCUCCGUCUCAGGUUGCUGCCAGACCCAAAAAUACACCAGCUCCAAAACCACUCACAUCUGAGCCUGCCAAUGACACUGUUAAUGGAGAAUCAUCCUCAUCUGCACCAACUGAUAACGCUUCCACUAUGGAUACUGUAAUAGUAUCUGAAGAAACCGCCUUGUCUUCAAAUUGCACUAAUACUACUGUUGAAGAUCCUCCAGUUCAAGAAAUAAUGACUUCCUCAGAAAACAAUGAAUGUAUUCUCUCUACUAGUGCAGCAUUUGGAGCUGAAGCUAGAAGUACUUUAGACCCUGCCACCUCUAAUUCUGGAAGUAGUUCUGCUUUUGAGGCAGCCAAAUUAAGACAGCCAGAUGGCUGUGUGGAACCUGUACGGCAACAGUCUGGAAAUGCCAACACAGAAACCUUGCCAUCAGGGUGGGAACAGAGAAAAGAUCCUCAUGGUAGAACCUAUUACGUGGAUCAUAACACUCGAACAACCACAUGGGAGAGGCCGCAACCUUUACCUCCAGGUUGGGAAAGAAGAGUUGAUGAUCGUGGAAGAGUUUAUUAUGUGGAUCACAACACCAGAACAACAACCUGGCAGCGGCCUACCAUGGAGUCUGUUCGAAAUUUUGAACAGUGGCAGUCUCAGCGGAACCAAUUGCAGGGAGCUAUGCAACAGUUCAACCAACGAUACCUCUAUUCGGCUUCAAUGUUAGCUGCAGAAAAUGACCCAUAUGGGCCUUUGCCACCAGGCUGGGAAAAAAGAGUGGAUUCAACUGACAGGGUUUACUUUGUGAAUCAUAAUACAAAAACAACCCAGUGGGAAGAUCCAAGAACUCAAGGCUUACAGAAUGAAGAACCCCUGCCAGAAGGGUGGGAAAUCAGGUAUACUCGGGAAGGCGUUAGGUACUUUGUUGAUCAUAAUACAAGAACAACAACAUUCAAAGAUCCUCGCAAUGGGAAGUCAUCUGUAACUAAAGGUGGUCCACAGAUUGCUUAUGAACGCAGCUUUAGGUGGAAACUUGCUCACUUCCGUUAUUUGUGCCAGUCUAACGCACUACCCAGUCACGUAAAGAUCAAUGUAUCCCGGCAGACAUUGUUCGAAGAUUCCUUCCAACAGAUUAUGGCAUUAAAACCCUAUGACUUGAGGAGACGAUUAUAUGUAAUAUUUAGAGGAGAAGAAGGACUUGAUUAUGGUGGUCUAGCAAGAGAAUGGUUUUUCUUGCUUUCACAUGAAGUUUUGAACCCCAUGUAUUGCUUAUUUGAGUAUGCUGGCAAGAACAACUAUUGUCUACAAAUAAAUCCAGCCUCAACCAUUAAUCCAGACCAUCUUUCGUACUUCUGUUUUAUUGGCCGCUUUAUUGCUAUGGCACUUUUUCAUGGGAAGUUUAUUGAUACUGGUUUCUCUUUACCAUUCUACAAGCGUAUGCUAAGCAAAAAACUGACUAUUAAGGAUUUGGAGUCUAUUGAUACUGAAUUUUAUAACUCCCUUAUCUGGAUAAGAGACAACAACAUUGAAGAAUGUGGCUUAGAAAUGUACUUUUCUGUUGACAUGGAAAUUUUGGGAAAGGUUACUUCACAUGACCUGAAGUUGGGAGGUUCCAAUAUCCUCGUGACUGAAGAGAACAAAGAUGAAUAUAUUGGUUUAAUGACAGAGUGGCGUUUUUCUCGAGGAGUGCAAGAACAGACCAAAGCUUUCCUUGAUGGUUUUAAUGAAGUUGUUCCUCUUCAGUGGCUCCAGUACUUUGAUGAAAAAGAAUUGGAGGUUAUGUUGUGUGGCAUGCAGGAGGUUGACUUGGCAGAUUGGCAGAGAAAUACUGUGUAUCGUCAUUAUACAAGAAACAGCAAGCAGAUCAUUUGGUUUUGGCAGUUUGUGAAAGAGACAGACAAUGAAGUAAGGAUGCGACUAUUACAGUUUGUCACUGGAACCUGCCGUUUGCCUCUAGGAGGAUUUGCCGAGCUUAUGGGAAGUAAUGGGCCUCAAAAAUUUUGUAUUGAAAAAGUUGGCAAAGACACCUGGCUACCAAGAAGCCACACGUGGUUGGUUCCAAGAUCCAUCACUUAACUACUUUAUACCAAGAACCCUCAACAUCCUAACCUCCUAAUUUUCACUGCACCUUCUCUGCAAGAUCUCAACUUUGCAUCAGUCCAACUUGACAAUGCAUUCCCCCAAUGCCACCUCUUAAACAAAACUUUCUUUUAUUGAUGUCCCAUUCUGAUGUGAUCCAUCCUCCCUUAGAAGUCUUAUACCACUUUGUAUUAUUGGUGUCCUAAGUGCACAAUAUCUCUGCCUCUGAGCCAGGGAGAUGUCCUUACCACUCUUAUGGCAAUUGUUUCUUUUGCCUUGUUACCUGUGAAGAAACUUAAGAUUUUGUAUAUUUAAAUUUGUUAAAUGGUUACAUUAAAGAAACUGAGAAAACAGCCAUAGAACACAUUGAUGGUUUAUAUAUUAUUUAUGUAUUAUCUUUGUAAUGUGAUGAAAAGGCAGUGUUUCUUAGAUACUUCAUGUACUUUCUUCUCUGACAAAUUCUCAUUUCUGGUCACUGAAACCUGUAAGCAACUGAGCAGCUUCUGUCUGUAUCUAAAAUGGAAAAAUACACGUUAUAAAUAAACAGCACAGCAUAGGUAUCAACUUGUGAAAUCUAAGUUCAUAAAGUGGGCUCUGGUUUGUUUCUAAGAGUUCACAAAAACCAGGAUAGCACAUUGUAAAAAUAAAAUUUAACAGUGACUGGGUAAGACUCUUCCAUGUUAAUACACAUCCGUUGCCUUUUGUUUUAGAAAUCUUAUUUGAUCUGUCAUGUAUGUCAAACAGGAAUAAGGCAGCAAGUAACUCAUAACAUCUGUUAAUAGUAACUAAACAUUUGCAUACAGAAAUUAAUGGAAAUGUUAAUGAACUCACAUUUGAAAUGAAUACUCUUGUUUUCAACAAUGUGCAUUUAGAUAGUUUUUAAAGAAGUUCUUACUUCACGUUUAAUAGUGCCUCAAGAAACCUAUCUGCCUUAAUUUAUUGGAGAUGUGUUACCUGUUUAUCCUCCUCUGUGUGUGCUGGAUAGUCCUUGGCUUUCAUUAGCCAGAAGGCAGCAAGCUUUUUGUUGUGUAACUUCAAAUAGGUCUUUCCUAAAAGAAGCAAGUUUUUGCUGUAGAAGUUUGGAUCCACUGUACAGAAGAAAGAAAAAUUUAUUUCAGAUGACAUACUUGUAGAGGCUUAAUUUUUUCAGUCUAAAUUCCAAUAAUAAAUUUAUGUGGUCAAUAAAAGAUUAGGCUAACUCGAAUUCUCUUUUGUUCAACUAUUCCUAUCUCAGAAAAAUGCUGGUUAAGUAUCAUUCAUUCAGUGUCUACUAUAUGAUGGGAGAAGUAACAGGUAAUGGGAGCCUAGGAGGAGCUUCUAAACCAGAUAUGGUCCUUAAAGAAAGGUUGCUCAGGAGAACUGACCUGGAGUAAACUGACCUAGAGUAAAACCUGGAGAUGACUAUAAUUAUUGAGGAUUUUUUUUAGCUCUGUAAGACAUGACCAUGCUUUUUUCUCAACACCCCAAACCCUUAUUCCUUUAAGGCUCUAGGUUUUAUUUGGCAAUUAUGCUUCUAAAUCCCUCUGAGGAAAUUUUAUUCCCAAAUUCAUAUUCAUGAUCUAUAGAACUACCACCAUAACAGGUUAUCAGUGAAAGAUAGUAAUAGAGCAUAUCAGAAUAUAUUACUGACAGUUUAACAUGCAGACUCAAUUCUUUAU